UAGCAACUAUCUUUCCUGUCUUCUAAUCUGCGCCACCUUUCCUAUCCUUCACCCACUCCACACGACACACAUAUAACCCCCUUCUCUCUCUGUUCAAUUGCAGUGCGGAUGGUUCAUCUUUUAUCGUUUACUCUCUCUUUGUUUCCUUUUGAAGAGAUUUUUAAGCUGUUUAUCUUUUCUCUUGAUAAUAAGCUCUAACGGCAGGAAAAACAAAAGGAGGGAUCUUUUGAAGUGGAAAAAAAGAGAGAAUAAGAUCAGAUUUACAUCUUUGUUGGUUUUUUUUUUGUUUACUUUUUAUUUAUUUGGGUUUGGGAUAUGAAUUGUGAGUUUUUGGUUUGUUCUUCACAAGGAUCUGUUUUAAGCUUUUGGGUUUUGUUUUUGAGUGUUUAGAGAAAGGGAAAUGGCUGGAAGUAAUGAAAUCAACCUCAACGAGUGCAAGAUGGUGGUUCCGCUAAAUACAUGGGUCCUUAUCUCCAACUUUAAGUUGGCCUACAAUCUUCUUCGUCGACCGGAUGGCACAUUCAAUCGUCACUUGGCAGAGUUUCUUGACCGCAGAGUCCCUGCUAAUUUGAAUCCAGUUGGUGGGGUUUUCUCAUUUGAUGUGCUCAUUGAUCGUGGUACGGGUCUCUUGAGUCGGAUUUAUAGACCCGCAAGUGCUGAAGAGCCUCAGCCUAAUAUUACUGAACUCGAGAAGCCUGUUACAGAGGAGGUUGUCCCUGUUAUAAUUUUCUUUCAUGGUGGAAGCUUUGCACAUUCUUCGGCAAAUAGCACGAUAUAUGACAAUCUAUGCCGGCUAUUGGUAGGUAUUUGCAAGGCUGUUGUAGUCUCUGUGAAUUAUCGACGUGCUCCUGAAAAUAGAUAUCCCUGUGCUUAUGAUGAUGGGUGGACUGCUCUUAAAUGGGUUAACUCUAGAUCAUGGCUUCAAAGUCGGAAAGAUUCAAAGGUUCAUAUAUAUUUGGCUGGGGAUAGUUCUGGUGGUAACAUUGCACACCAUGUUGCUGUUCAAGCCGUUGAAUCAGGAAUCGAUGUAUUGGGAAAUAUAUUGCUCAAUCCAAUGUUUGGUGGACAAGAAAGAACUGAAUCUGAAAAGCGUUUAGAUGGGAAGUACUUUGUCACUCUACGAGACAGGGAUUGGUAUUGGAGAGCUUUUCUUCCUGAAGGUGAAGACAGAGACCAUCCUGCAUGUAAUCCAUUUGGUCCCAACGGUAGAAGUCUUGAAGGAAUCAAAUUUCCAAAGAGUCUUGUUGUGGUUGCAGGCUUUGAUCUUAUUCAAGAUUGGCAAUUGGCUUUCGUCGAAGGACUCAAAAAGGCUGGCCAGGAGGUUAAACUCUUAUACAUGGAACAGGCGACGAUCGGUUUCUACUUGUUGCCAAAUAACAAUCACUUCCACAUCGUUAUGGAUGAGAUAAGUAAAUUUGUGAGUUCUGACUGUUAAUAGAAUUAACUUUACCUACAGGCAGCAGUGAAUGACAGGAGCUUGACAUUCCACUUGUGGCAAUUAAGAAGUUUGCGGUUUAUGAUCUCGUACUAAUCAUGGUGUUAUUCGGCUUUGCUUUUUCCUGAUUUAUAGACUACCAAGCUUGCCUAUAUAGUGAAGAAGAGGAAUUUCAGCAUGUAGCUGGAUCGAUAAGUGUUCUGGUCUGCAUUUGGUGAAAAAGCUUAUGGCAAUUAGAGCCUUUUGACUAUAUUUGGCAGACCAAUAAUUUUAAGAAUACAAAUUCCAGCGUCUUGCCCCAAAGGAGAAGAUGAGGACAAUAUAUGGAUAAUAUUUGGUACAUGAUCAAGGGAUCGGUGCCUGCUUAAUGUUAUAUAUGCUAAUUUUAGAACAUGAAUUAGAAAGGUUCCGUGGUGUUGUGACCCUGUAUGUCUAUACAUAUAUGUUUUAGUAUAUAAAAGCAUGUUGCUUGAAUUGGUUUCAGCCAUUUUGUCUUUCAUCUUUGUUUUUGCCUACUGUUAGAUCUUUCCUUGUUUGGUACUUUACUAGGAAAGUGUAAAUACCACUAUGUUUUUAUAAGAUUGAGAAAUUUUGGAUUAGAGAUUUCUUUUUGCUUCAAA